AUGCGAAAGGUAGAGACCCCCACGCAGAUCUCUGCCAUCUGUCUACUCUGGAGGUCGCUCGAGGCCGGGCUUACUAUUGGAAACCGCCUUCCCCGUGGCUUGCAAAGCCCAGGGAAACCCAAACAUGAAUGGUUUCUCCAGAAAGAUUCAGAAGGAGACACACCUUCACUUAUCAACUGGCCUUCCAGAGUAAAAGUUAGAGAGAAAUUGGUGAAAGAGGAAAGUGCUCGCAGCAGCCCUGAAUGUGCCUCAGACCCUCUAACUCAGAGGAGACACCAGCCAGCCUCAGUCCAUUAUAUGUCUCUGCAGUCAGAAACAUCUGCUUUUGACAGGGUGGCCAGCAAGCCAGCGGUUUCCAGCCGCCAGCCAAUCCACGGCUACAUUCAGCCAGCGGGUCAUGCUCACACCGCCAGGCUGGUAGCCUCUGAAAAACUAGAGCGUUUCUCUGGUAGCGACCAGGUGGAACCAACCACUUCCAGCUUCACAAAAUUUCCCAGACCUAGUACCCCAGAAGAGGAGGGAGAAAGGGAUGAAAACCUUGAACUUCACAUCUAUGAACCCGAUGCCAAAGAAGAUAGCGGGAGAGCAGAAGCCCUGGGGAAAAGCAGGAAAACCUACCUGGAGCCUCACGAGCAGGGAAACACUGAAGAUCCUUCUGGGGGCAGCAGCCAAAGGCAGCCAACAACUCACCCGGGCAGGCAGAGAGCCAGCACCUCAGAACUGUGGCAGAACCGCGAGAGCCAAGGCCAGCCAGCCGAAGAAGCCCAGGACCAGCCUCCCGAGAAAGAUGGAAGGAGGGAGACGGUCAUGUAUAUUCAAAAUAGACCUUCUUCCGAGACCGCCCCAUCCAAACGCCCCAAGCAGGAGGUAUCCACCAGGAGACACAAACUCCUCGCUCGCUCGCUCUCAGAUCACACUGGUGACCCCAAACCCACGCCAGAAAUCUUUAAAGGCAUGGAAACGGAUUCAAAGAAAGAUCUGGAGUUUCAGCGCGCCAGAGAUGAGGCAUUGCCUGGAGAAGUUGGCACGGUGGACACAAAGGUCUCUGUUGCCCAGCUCCGAAAUGCCUUUCUGGAGUCUGUCAGUGCCAACAAGAAAUCUGAACUUCAAUCACGGGUUGAGCGCUCAACCACAGGGAUUGAUUCUCCUACCAAAGCGGAACAGGAGAGAGGGUCCCGGAAGCCAAGACGGUAUUUUUCUCCUGGAGAAAGUAGAAAAACUUCUGAGAGAUUUAGGACUCAACCUAUAACUUCAGCAGAACGAAAGGAGAUGGAUAGAUCUACUUCAAAUUCAGAAAUGCCAACUGCUGAGGAUGAAGAAAAAUUGGAUGAACGCGCCAAGCUGAGUGUUGCUGCCAAAAGGCUCCUUUUCAGGGAAAUGGAAAAAUCAUUUGAUGAAAAAAAUAUUCCAAAGCCACGUUCCAGAAAUGCAGCCGUGGAGCGCCGCCUGCGCCGUUUGCAGGACAGGUCUCACACACAGCCCAUCACCACAGAGGAAGUGGUCAUUGCAGCAACGGAACCUAUCCCUGCUUCUCAUUCUGUGACCAGCCACACUGUCAUGGCAAGAAUUCCUAAUCCCACUGUAGUUAAGAGCCCUGUACAACCUACCAGUUUGCAGGCAUCGGCACACCAAAAAGCACUAGCUAGGGAACAGGCAAAUGAGGCCAAAGAUUCUGCUGAACAAGGUGAACCUGAUUCCUCUACUCUGAGCUUAGCUGAGAAGCUGGCCUUGUUUAACAAACUGUCCCAGCCAGUCUCAAAAGCAAUCUCUACCCGAAACAGAGUGGACGCUAGGCAGAGGAGGAUGAAUUCUCGGUACCAAACCCAGCCAGUCACACUUGGAGAAGUGGAACAGGUCCAGAGUGGGAAGCUCAUGCCUUUCUCCCCAACUAUUAACACAUCUGUAUCAACUAUGGCAUCAACAGUGGCUCCAAUGUAUGCAGGGGAUCUACGAGCCAAGCCAUCGGUGGAAGAAAAUGCAAGUGCUGCUGACUUUGGGCUCCAUUCACCUAUAGAAAAUGCAGAAUUCCCAGUGAAGAGCAUCCUAAAGUCACCAGUAUGGCAACCUUCAGGGGAGGAUAUAGGAAGCAAUAGAGGAUUAAGGGAAUUUGGGGAGAUGGUGGAAACUGAGAGAGUAUUAGCUCCAGAUGAGAGUGAGAUGAAGAAGAACAGGUCCUUUGAGGAAGAAGGGAUUUCCUGCCUCUUCCUAAAUAAAAUGGGGGAAAGAGACAACCAAAGAAAAUAUGUUCCAAGAAAAAGCAGCAUGGAGCAAACUGACCUCCCAGUGCCCUGUCAUGAAGAGCUGUGGGAGUUUUCCAUUUCCAAAAGCACCGGACAGGGAAAACAGGACCUGAAGGAAAUACAGUACUUGGAAGAGAAGAUGGAUUUGGAAAGUGUCACAAAAAACAGGUUUUUGCUAAGAGGUAAAAAGAUCAUGUUCACCUCCUGGAUUUUUGUUAACUUCUUCUCAUUGUUCUUUUUGCCUGAUUUGCUACAUUUGCUUCCCAAAUCACACAAGUUCUCAUAG